AUGACGAGAGGCCCUUACUACGACAAAAAUGGAACAAAGAGAGGUGCGUGGAGCAAGGAGGAGGAUGAAAGGCUAAGAGCAUAUGUUGAGAGAUACGGCCACAGUAAUUGGCGUCAGCUCCCCAAACAAGCAGGUUUAUCAAGGUGCGGAAAGAGUUGCAGACUUCGAUGGCUAAAUUACCUGCGCCCGCAUGUAAAGCGGGGGAAUUACACCCGAGAAGAAGACGAAAUCAUCAUCAAAUUACAUGAACUACAUGGAAAUAAAUGGUCUUUGAUUGCCGGAAGUUUACCAGGGAGAAGUGACAACGAGGUUAAGAACCAUUGGCAUAGCCACUUAAAGAAGCAGUUGGAGAACAAUCGCGGGGGAAAAUCUGAGUUGAAAAUGAAACCUAGUGGUACUUGUGGGGGAGAAACUACAAAGCAUUUUGAGCCUGAAAACCCUUUGCUUGGUUUUGGUGCUGCUUCUUCCGGCAAUAUUAUCUCAGAAAGCUCAUCAUCAUCCAGCUACAAUUCAUUUUCAACCUUUGACUUCGGAGAAGAAAAUGUUGCUAAUGCUGCAUGGGGAACAUUUGAAGAGUUCGGAGAUUUUUGGACCCAACCAUUUGUCCCAGAAAAUAUAUAUGAGCAGGAUAGCUAUUAUAUUCUGAACCACGCAGCAAAUGAAGCAGACGUGGAUGUGUAUUCUUCAUACCUCUUCGAUAAUGCUGAGUUUUUGUACCAAGUGAUGCAAGAAUUUCCGGAAGAUGCUACGAAGGAUAUAUGA